UGCCUUUCUUCUUUGUAAGACCUUUACCUCUAUUAUUUAGGCUCUCUCUUACCCUUGUUUUUCAACCUCCAAACACUCAUAUUCUCCUCCUUUGUAGGACAACAGCUACAUCCACACACACAACACAAAACACACACAUACACACACUCUCUCUCUCCAUGACUCCUGCCUAUCUGAAUCCAUCAUCAUCACCAUCUUCAUCCUCACCUUUAUCUUUUGUAGAGCUAAAAGAAGAUCAACUAUUGCAAUUCUAUAGUCCAUCACAUCAACCUUCAUCCUCUUUCUCAUGUCCUAUUUUCUUCAAAGUAGCUCAAGAUCAAAGAGGAAGUCAAGCUAUAGAGCCAAGACAAGACCAACAGAAGGCUGAUGAUAAGUACAUGCUUCAUGAGGGACCAAGUGAUCACCAAGUACUUCCAUCUACUUCAGUUCAGACAACAGUACCGGAUGACAAUUGUACUAAAUUUGAAGGCAAUAAAUUACCAAAUUAUUACAAGCUCGAGGAUGAGAAUGAAAAGGACAUAGAUGAUGUGUCAGCAAAGUGGAUGUCUUCAAAAAUGAGAUUAAUGCAGAAAAUGAUGGAUACGAGUCGCGCAGGAAUGGAUCAAGAAGAGAGAAUUGUGCAGAAGUUUCAUGAUCGAAACAACAACGAAACUACUCAUCAAUAUCCCAACAACAUCAACAAUAUUGUUAGAGUCUGUUCUGAUUGUCACACAACCAAAACUCCCCUUUGGAGAAGUGGCCCUCAAGGUCCUAAGACACUAUGCAAUGCAUGUGGAAUCCGGCAAAGGAAGGCUAGACGAGCAAUGGCAGCUGCUGCUGCUGCUGCAGCAGCUGGCAAUGGCACAAACCUUGCCACCAAUUCAACGACUGCAAGGAGUACCAAAGUGCAAAGCAAAGAAAAGAAAUCGCGUAAAAGCUACAUAACACAAUACAAGAAACAGUUGAAGCUGCGUCACUCUCAGAGCGAAAAGAAGCUCUCUUUUGAGGAUUUUGCUUUGAGUUUGAUUCAGAAUUCGGCUUUUGGAGGAGUAUUCCCAAAGGAUGAAGAAGAAGCCGCGGUCCUCCUAAUGGCACUCUCUUGCGGCCUUAUCAAUUCAUAGUUGAUUUUCUCAAGUGAAUUAGGUUUCUAAAUUUUUGGUGACAUGUUUCUGUUUGGAGAGAGAUAGAGAGAGACGAAACAUUUUAAGUAGUCUUUUGAGCAUGUUGCAAACUAAAAGUUUGAGUUUGCUUCAUUGAUGUAGCUAAUAAUCUUGAACUAAUAAAGAAGAUAAUUAAAUAAUAUUUAAGGUCUUUUAUCCUUAAUUAAUUUA